AUGAUAUUAAUCAAGAGCAUACUUAUAGCCAUAACACGUCAACCUACAUACAAAGCAGAAAAUGUGGGCUCAUCGAUUCUUUCUCUAUGCCGACGUAAUGGUUUUGCUCAUAACUUCAAACUAGAUCAAAACAUUACCCACAAUGAGUUGGAAAGCAAUAAGAAAGCACUCACAACUCAAGAAGGUGCUCGAGGAAUAUUAAAUCUGCUUAUAAAAGCUUAA